GGCAACAUUUUAAUAAAUUCAGAAAUGUAAAAAAAAUUGAAAUUUUGUUGUUUUGUUUUUAUAAUAAAGAUGCAAAAAGUUUUGUACCCCCGAAAAGUUUUGCAUCAUUUGUGUAAUUGUUGUUUGCUUGCAAACACUUGCUGAGUUUAUUUAGAAUAUUAAUUCACUAAUUUUAGUAGUUCUAUAGUUAUAACAGCAAUGGAAAGUAUUAAAUCAGUUGUUGAGUCAUUGAUAUACAUCUUAGAAUCAUGGAUUAAUGAUGAUGACGAAAAGGAAUCACAAAAUAAUCACGAGAAAGAAAUCACCAUUGUUUUGAAUUGGGACCAGGGACACAUCUUGGUUAACUUAGAUUUGUCUCUAGAUUCCGAUAUUAAAGAAAGAAUUUGCACCGAAUGUUUAGCAGUCGUUGUGAAAAGUUCAAAAAAAGCGUUCAUCGAUCGAGUCAACGAAAUUUUAAAGGAAUAUUCUCUCGUGAAUCUUACAGUCAAUAUAAAAUUCAUCGAUGAGAAAUUUCCAGAAAGUCCUUUGUUUUCUUCAAUCAGUUGCGAAACCCUCUGUGAGAAAGUUAUGGAUCUGUAUAAAAAGAAGUACUCAGAACUAUUUGAAGUCAAAUUUGUUCAUGAAGGCUGUGAAGUUGAAAUGUACUUUUUUACAAAAACCGAUAAAGACGAAACUUUCGUUAUGAGUUGUGGAGCACAAAAUGUUCUAGCAACGGAACAAAUAGAAGAUUUUUUGCAAUCUUCCAAUACUUUAGGAAAUAUUGUUGAGUACAGAUUAUGUUGCAUUGGAAACAUUUCUGAUAACUCAUAUAAAAUGUCUGAAGAAUGUGUUGAAGUAGCUCUUGGAAUUUUACAAUCUCACUUAGAAUUUCUCAGAGAACAGAAGAAAGAACUUUCGAGAGUCAGAAAAAUGAACAAGGAAGAAAUUGAGAAAGAAAUCGAUGAAGAAUGUUUCAGCAUCCCAAGUGAGGAAAAGAGUGCUUCAAAGAGAUUUUCCAAAAGAAAUCGUUCUAAAUCAACUUAUGUUGAUCUAACAACUGAUGGAGAAGAUAAGACUGGAUUUGUUGAGACGAACUUAAUGGUGACGAGCAUCAUGGCUUGGGAGGAAUAUUCUUGGUUUUGCUAUACGAGUGAUGUUGAAGUGGAAUCUGUUUGUGAUGAGACAUUGAAGACUAUUCCGAAUACCAAACGGAGGUACAAAAAUGACAAAGAGAAUGAUAUCUGGGAUUUUAUUCGACAAUUAGGGAUCGAUGAUGACAAGGAUGAAGAAGAGGAAAUAUACGAGUCACUUUCAGAAAAUGAAAAAAAUAAAUUUAAAUCUUUAAGUGAAACGCUGCAACGUCAAGAUUAUGCUCUCUUCAGAAAAAAUAUCCAAAGUCAUUUAAAACAAGUCAAAGGAGUUAUGAAUAUCAUUGAAAUGAAAAAAAAUGAAAGAAACUUAAACAAUUCUCGUAUUUCUGUAAAAUCACAAACUCCGAAAACACCGCAGACAAAUAUUAUUGAAAAAAAACCAAAGGAAACAAACAAAGGCGAGUCUCAUAUUUCUGAAGAUUACAAAGCUCCAAAAGCAUCGCGAAUUAAAUUAAAAACCUCAAUUCAACCACUUCUAGGAAGAGGAUUAGAUCCAUCGAAAUGCUUAAUCUUCAGCUUGGAACAAGAUUAUAAGAAAAAUGAUUCAAAGAGCGACAAUAAUUUUGGAUAUUUUGAAAAUUUUACUUCUUCCUCAUCAAUUUCUAGUCCACGUGAUAAUUCGAGCUCAUUUAAUACGUCAUUCGUACCUAAAUUUAAUUCAACAGAAAUUAUUCAGAAUGAGAAAAACUCCCCAACUGCUAAGAGCUUCCUUUUCUCUGAUAUAAAAUGUCGCAAACCAUUGCACGCAAAGGAUGAUAAACCAUUGCAACUAUCUGAGAAAAAGCCUUCAUUGGAUUUCUCAAAAAUGAAUGCGUUAAAAUCUCCAUUCACCAUUCCCAAGCUGCCAUCUGCAUCAAACACUCCAAAGCAAUCUUCAAUAAAUUCAACUCCGAAUAGUGUUUCAAACUUUAUUGAUAAAAAAACUGAAAACGUAAAGGAGAAGCAGCAAAGUGAUAUUAAAAUGGAUGAUGGUAAUGAUGAUGAUGUCAUUCUGGUUGAUGAAACACCAUCCGAAAAUAAUAACUGUAAUGUCGUCUUUCGUUCUCGCAAACGGAUUUUCAAUCCCGAACCAAAUCCAUCGCAAGAGGAACCAAAACAAAGAAAAGUAUUUUUCAAAACAAAACAAAUGCAAAAAGCUAGAGGAAGACCCAACUUUGGAUCGUAUAAAGAGAGAGAAAAAUAAAAUUUAACUAUUUACUUUUAAUAAUCUAAUAAAUUUCUUGAGAGAUCAAAUCUUUAAAAUAUCUAUCAAAUAAAUAUAAAGCCAGUUUUAUCAGAAGUGUUCCACUUCUCAGAACGCAA